CAAAUUUAAAAAUAUUAUUCCAGCGUUGAUUAAUUGAAGUUAUAUAAUGUCGUCCUCAUUUAUUGAUGAUUCUUUGAGAAGAAAUCCUUGGGCAAAAGAAACCAGUCAUCCAUACGAUGAGGUGCUAGCUUUAUUUCAAAAAUCACAAAAGCAUGAAAUGCUGCCAGAAAAUGAGAUUAUUGCGCAAUCCAAUGAAACGAAACUUUCUCAAGGAAUGGAUCUUAUCGCUCAAGCGAAUGAAGCAAGGCGAAAACUAGGACAGAUUCGAGCGAAAUGUACAUUCCUGAAUCUCGAAAAUCGAACGAGCGAUAUUCUACGUUCAGAAGAAUUGAAAUCCAACCUAAUCAAAGUAGAAAAAGUUUUAAAUGGAUUCGAAACUUGCGUCACAGAAGUCCAGUGGCUGCAGGAAACAUUAAUGCAAACAUACAAAGGGGAAUCGAUUAAAUUAGAACGGAAAUAUCACGAGAGUUUUCAAGAAUUGUUCACAAAUUCUGUGAAUGUUUUACACCAUUUGCAGAAUGAGUUGGACACUUUACAAUGGCAUAAAGACAACUCAGUAGAUAACGUUGAACACAGAAAUAUUUUGAAAACUUUGUCAGACUCUGUCACAAAUAUUGAAGCAGGAAUGAAGACAAUAGAAACUAUGCAUUUGAACUAUGCAUCAUGCAUCUGAAACAAACAACAGACUAACUAACCCCAUUCCUGACAUGACUGUGCUAACCGGAUGAGUGGCUGUGAUUUGUUAUAUAAUAAAGUGGGUAGGUCUGGUGUAGUUUAGUACCACAUGCACAUUUAGUUGGCUUGGCUCAACAAUUUUCGCACGUCGUAGUGACAUAAUUUUCGGUUGGAAUAGUCAUGUUGGGGUAAGGAAUAACAUAUGUAAAAAUCGUUAUGCUACCCCCACUGAAAGUACUUGUUGUACUAAACUGCACUAAACCGGAUUAAGCCACCUUAUUGCCUCUCUUUUCUCCCAGUUUGGAACAAUAUAGAAAUAUAUUAAUAAAUGCGUGAUUUCUUGAAUUGUUUAGUCUUACAUUAUUGUUUGUAUUUUUAGAAA